AUGGCUCGUUUUGCAGCGGUAGCUACUCCAGAGUUUGACAACAUUGACAACACGUUGCCGGCCACUUUGGAGCAUUUACAGAGAGCUGAAUCGACCAUUUGCCGGCCCACACUCUGGCACAACGCCAGGAUAUUCCCCCCUCGUAUCGGUGCAGCCGUGGGUCCUACGCCACCGGCAACGGAGAGAAUCAUCAAGCCCCGCGGUCGCAUCGCUUCCACAAUGCGAGAAUAG